AUGGAACACGAUGAAAAGGUUGAGGGGGGGAGUACUCUUCCAUGGUUGUGUAUUGGGGAUUUUAACGAGAUUUUAAGGCCCGAGGAACAAUUUGGGCCAAACGAGCGUGACAGUGCACAGAUUGAAGCGUUCAGAGAAGCUGUUGAUAUCUGUGGUCUUGCUGAUCUGGGCUACCGCGGUCUGGACUGGACAUGGCAGAAAAAAGUGGCAGGGUGGCAUUUUUGCAGAGUCGGGUUGGAUAGAGCAUUGGGCUCGGCUGAUUGGUCUAAUCUUUUUCCAUUUGCAACGGUUGAACAUUUAACUGCGGCAAAGUCCGACCAUUGCCCCAUACUUUUGGAAACGGAGCUUGUUGUCACGACUGUCCGAGCAAAGCAGAAGCGGUUCAGGUACGAAUGUAUGUGGGAACGCGAUCCGAGAUUUGGUGAAGUGGUUGCGGAAGCGUGGAAUUCUUCUGGUAAAGCACAAACUGUUGGAGCGCUCUCUGAAAAAUUGGCCUCCGUAGCCGGAACUUUGCAUAGGUGGGGCCGAUCUACGUUUGGGGCGGUCAGGUCGGAGCUGCGGUCACUUCGCUCGCAGCUUGCGGAACUGCGCGCGCUGCCAGACCGUGUUGGUCCAUCACAGGAAGAGGAGCGUGUUGAAGCCAGAAUGGCCGAGCUGUGCUUACGAGAAGAGAUCAUGUGGCGACAGCGGGCGCGUAUACAGUGGCUUGCGGAGGGCGACAACAACACACAAUUUUUCCACAGAAAGGCUAGUGCAAGGAAAGCAAAAAACCGCAUCAGUGAACUUCAGCGUGCAGAUGGCACGGUGUGCGCGAACGAACAUGAGAUGGCGAGCAUGGCCACAAGCUUCUACAGUAACAUGUAUGCUUCUGAAAACACAAUUGGGAUCGACGAAGUUCUGUCUCAUAUACCACCUAGGGUGGAUGCAGCCAUGAACAAUAUGCUCAAUGCUCAAUAUACUAAUUCUGAAAUUGCAUCUAAGGUUUUGGCUAAUCGGCUCAAGCUAAUUCUCCCCGACAUCAUUUCUGAGGAACAAUCAGCAUUCAUACCGGGACGGCUUAUCACAGAUAACUUCAUCUCUGCUUAUGAGUGUCUCCACUAUAUGAAGACAAGGAAGUUGAAGGGUAAUAGAUUUUGUGCUUUGAAGCUUGACAUGAUGAAAUCAUACGAUAGAAUUGAGUGGAAUUAUCUCGAACAGGUGAUGCUAAAACUGGGCAUUAGUCCACGCUUCACCGAGAUUGUCAUGAGGUGUGUUACUUCGGUUUCAUUCUCUGUUGUGUUCAACGGUGAAAAGCAAGAGGAGUUCAAUCCAUCACGAGGUCUCCGUCAAGGUGACCCAAUAUCUCCAUAUCUAUUCUUGUUGGCAGCCGAGGGUCUUUCUUGUUUGCUGAAAUCGGAUGAUCCGAACGAGAGUGUGCGGGGUAUUAAGGUGGCAGAGGAAGCACCCGAGGUAAACCAUUUGCUCUUUGCUGAUGAUAGUCUCCUAUUUUUCAAUGCCACGCCUGAGAUGGCGUCGAGGGUGGACUCUUUGCUGCGUCGUUAUUGUGAUGCUUCUGGCCAGCGCAUCAACAAGGAUAAGUCCUCAAUAUUUUUUAGCAAGGGCUGUAUGGAUGUUCUGAAGAAUGAAGUCAAACAGAUUUUAGAGGUCCAAAAUGAGCAGCUUUCUGAUAGGUCUGCCCAAGAUCGCCGGACCCUCCUCAACAGGUCUCAGAACUGA